AUGUCUCACCUCAACUCUUGGGAAGACGACCCGGCCGCUCAGGAUGAGAACCUGUCGCGGCAGACUCAGCAACAGUUAAACUUGAACCCCGCCCAGGGCAGUUUCCGCCCAGGUGUCGCAUCGUUCCAACCUGGUGCUCAGACCUUCCAACCUGGACAGCCUUACGUCGUGCCCCAGUACCAACAGCAGCAGCAGUAUUAUCAGCAGCAGGGCUACUACCCCCAGUAUGGUGGCCAGCAGCAGCAGCAACAGCAGCAGCAAUUCAACCAAUUCCAGCAAUACGGUGGUGGCUUUAGCCAAGGAUACAACAACCAGGGCUACAGUGGCGGAUACCCCCAGUACGGCCAACAGCAGACUCAACAGCCACAGCAACCACAACAGCCAGCUGCCCCAGCCGCCUCUACCCCAGCCGCUCCCCAACCCCAAGUAUCUCAGGAGGGAGGUGCCAAGGUGCUGAGCAUUGGAGGAGAUGCGCCCAAGCCCAAGGCCAAGGUUCUUUCCAUAGGUGGAGCUGCCCCGGCCAAGCCCAAGGAAGCAUCCAAGCCCAAGGAGGACGCCAAGCCAGAGCCUUCAAACGCCCCGGAGGCUGGCCAAAAAGCCGCUGCCGUGAAGGCUAUCGAGAAGACCGGGGAGAAGGCUGGUAAGGCCGCCGCUUCCGGUGAUAAGACCUCCGGAAAGACCUCCCCCAACUCUUCGGGCCGCUCAAGCCCCGUCGGCCCCGGAGACAAGAAGCCCCAGCGGGAAGUCGAUGCCGUUCAGAAGGAACAGGCUGCAGACGUCGACCAGGAGACCCUCAAGGAAAUCUACGGCAAGGAGCACGUCAACAUCAUCUUCAUCGGGCAUGUCGACGCUGGCAAGUCCACUCUGGGUGGUUCCAUUCUCUGGUCAACUGGUAUGGUCGAUGAGCGAACCAUGGACAAGUACAAGAAGGAAGCCAAGGAUAUGGGCCGUGAAUCAUGGUACCUCUCAUGGGUCAUGGAUAUCAACAAGGAGGAGCGUUCAGUGGGCAAGACUAUCGAAGUUGGCCGAGGAUUCUUUGAGACCGAGAAGCGCCGCUACAGUAUCCUGGACGCCCCAGGCCACAAAACUUACGUACCAAACAUGAUUGGAGGUGCAUCACAAGCUGAUGUCGGUAUUCUGGUCAUUUCUGCCCGUAAGGGUGAAUACGAGACCGGAUUUGAACGUGGAGGUCAAACCCGUGAACAUGCUAUGCUUGCCAAGACCCAGGGUGUGAACAAGCUUAUUGUUGCCAUCAACAAGAUGGACGACCCUACUGUGGAGUGGUCCCAUGACCGAUACCUGGAAUGCACAACCAAGCUGGGCCAGUUCUUGAAGGGAACUGGCUACAACCUCAAGAAUGACGUCUUCUUCAUCCCCGUGGCCGCCCAAGUUUCCAUGAAUAUCAAGAACCGAAUCCCCAAGGAUGUUGCGCCUUGGUGGGAGGGACCUUCCCUGCUUGAGUAUCUUGAUAACAUGCAAGCCCUCGAGCGAAAGGUGAAUGCACCCUUCAUGAUGCCUGUCAAUGCCAAGUACCGAGACCUGGGCACCAUGAUUGAUGGAAAGAUCGAGGCUGGUGUUCUCAAGAAGGGCAUGUCGCUCAUCAUGAUGCCCCGAAAGGACAAGGUGGAGGUUUCUGCUGUGUACGGAGAGCAAGAAGACGAAAUCCCCAUUGCCCAGUGCGGUGACCAGGUUCGCAUCAGGCUCAAGGGUAUUGAGGAAGAAGACAUCCUGCCUGGUUUCGUCAUCUGCUCCCCCAAGCGACUGGUCCACAACGUUGCCGAAUUCGAGGCUCAGAUUCGAAUCCUCGACUUGAAGAGCAUUCUGACCUCGGGUUUCAACUGCGUGCUUCAUGUCCACUCAGCUAUCGAAGAAGUUACCUUUGCCUCUCUCAUGCACAAGCUACAGAAGGGAACCAACCGCAAGAGUAAGAACCCCCCAACCCACGCCAAGAAGGGCGACAGUAUCAUCGCCCGGCUGCAGAUCAUUGGCGGGGCUGGUUCCGUCUGUGUCGAACGAUUUGAGGAUUACCCCCAGAUGGGUCGCUUCACUCUCCGUGAUCAGGGACAAACUAUUGCUAUUGGUAAGAUCACCAAGCUCAUCACGGAUUCUUCUUAA